AUGAAGUUUAACUGGAUCGCUUCAACCCUCCUCCUGGCCUCUGCCGCCAUGGCCAGCCCCCAGCUUGAUCUUGACGACAUUAUAUCCCAGGCCGAAUCCGUUGGCACAGCCAUCGCUGGCGAUGCCGUCACAAUUGGCGCAGAAAUCAGUGCCAAGGCCACUUCCAUCUACAACGAGUGGAAGACCGGUGGCGAGGCCGCUAUCUCCACCUUGACCGGCGAAGCCAAGUCCCUCGCAUCCGCCAUCGUCUCCGAGGCCAAGAGCGAAGGCUCUGCCGCCGAGUCUGGGGUGGGGUCGGUUGCUUCGGAUGCUGCUUCCCUCGCUUCUGAGGCUGCUAGCAAGCUCUCCACUUGGGUCGCCGCUAUCACCACUAUAAACAGCGAUGGCAAGUCCACCACUGAACAGACAACCUUUACCUCUGCUGUCGCUGUCGCUACCAGUACCAACGCUACCGAUUCCACUGCCACUACUAGCUCAGAGUCAAGCUCUACCUCGACUGGCUCAACCUCUAUAUCCACCGGCGGCGCUAUGUCCCAGCCUACUGCCGUCAGUGUUGCCGGAAUCCUUGGUGUUGGUCUUCUGGGUGUCAUGGCUGCUCUCUAA